GGGGGGCGUCUCGCGUCAUUUUGGCUGCAGCGGUGGAGCGCAUCGUGCACGAGAGCCUGAACGGUCUUCUGUUUUACAGAGUGUCAUCGUUACCACUGGAGCUUGCGAAGGAACACGAAUGUUCUCCGAGCUGACGCAGUCUUCCAUGGAAGGCGUCCAAGCUCCCCUAAAUGUGAACCCAGACGCCGUUUUGGCGAUCAUGUACUCUAGCGGCUCAACAGGAUUCCCGAAGGGAGUGCAGCUUACCCACCGCAACAUAAUCGCUCAAGUCAUAUCGUGCUGGCAUGCCAGACCUCCGUUAUUUGAAGAAUCCGACGUAUUUCUCUGCGCACCAUCGGUUAUUGUCAUCGGUGGAUUCUGGUUCAGCUUGUGCGCUCUCGGACAUGGUUGCAAGAUUGUUUUGCCUCCCUCGGCAGCGGCCGAUGUAAUUCUGCCAGCCAUUGCAAAAUAUAAGCCGACAAGCACCUUUUUGUAUCCGACAAUCCUUCACAAGUUGGUUCAAUGCCCACUUGUAGAGCAAGUGGAUACGAGCAGUCUCACAAAAGUGAUUGUCGGUGGCAGUACACUGACCUCACCCGUUCUGCGAUGCGUCAUGCAGAAACUUCACCUACCGGGGAUCAUGCAAGCUUACGGUAUGACGGAGCUGACCGGGUGCAUCUCAUUUUCAACUCCACAACUUGAUGACGUCAAGAGCGUGGGCAGGCCGCUACCAUUCAACGAGGUCAAGGUGGUGCAUCCCGAGAGUCGUCAUACUCUUGGUCCGAACGAGCAAAGGGAGAUCUGCGUGCGAGGACCAAACGCUUUCAAGGGGUACCUCAACAACGAGAUAAAGACUUCCGAAGCUUACGAGAACGGCUUCGUUCGCACCGGUGACAUCGGUUACUACUGUUCCGAAGGCCGCAUCUUCGUCUGCGGCCGCUUGAAAGAGCUCAUCAAAUGCAUGGACCAGCAGGUGGCGCCCGCCGAGCUGGAGGAGCUUCUGGCUGCAGACCCAGGCGUGCUACAGGUGAUCGUGGUUGGGGUGCCGCACCCGCACCACGGAGAGGCCCCUCGGGCAUUCGUGGUACCCCGGCACCGCCUUGAUGGACCCGACGAAGAGCAGCGCGAGGCCGACAGGCUGAAGGAACUCGUUGCUGCCAAUUUUGCCCACCACAAGCACCUGUACGGCGGUGUCCAGUUCAUGGACCGCCUACCGCAGACUGGAAGUUACAAGGAUUCGCGCAGCGCCCUCAAGGAGCUGUACAAUAAGCAGAACAGAUGCGCCAACAAGUAAUGUUAGGAUGGCGAAGCAGGUUGUUUCUGUGCCAUAUUUUAUUCUGCGUUGAAUGGCACACUGGGAACAUUUGUACAAUAAAGAUAUAAAUAAAGGGCGACGUCACU